AUGUUUAACGAGAACUUCUCCUUUGGGACAUCCCCACAGUCACCUACCCUCGCAGUGAACGUGGAAGAUUGUACAUCUGCUGAUAUCUCGCCUUUCACAUCACGAUGUUCCUCACCUCAUUCAUCAUCUCGACCAGCCGCACGUCGUGAUUCACGAUUCGACUCUUACAGAUACGUCGGAGCUCCUCGACAUCCUUCUGUUACUGCUCUUACCGCUCAAAUGCAAUCACACGCGUUGAUCGACAUUGAGAUGGACUCUCCCUCACCACCAAGCGAUAUGCCUUCCCCAUCGUCUUCCUCAGACACCGAUGGUGACGAAGGAUUUUAUGAUGGUCCAGAGACUCCUGCUACCAACCUUUCCGACUUCUCCUACCAAUCUGAUGAUGUUGACCCUACGCUUUGGGAUUUGAGUAUGUCAGACUCCAUGAUUGCCACAUCGUCACCGCGGCCCUCGUUAUCCCUAGAGGCACAGGCACUGUCAUCAUAUACUAUGCGUCGACGACAACGGCAGGCGUUGAUCCGACUACAGUGUCUCGCCACUCGAGCACCAGAUCUAGCGAUGUUGAUCGAAGAGUGUCACCCUAGUUCGCUCCCACUGGAGACAGAUAGUGUGAGAGCCUACAGUUCCAAGGAACGCAGUGAGAGUGUAUGCAGUUAUGGCGGUUUACUUGGAUCCACGAACGGGCGGAUUGAGAAGGAACGUCAUGGCUCAAUCGCAGCUGUGAGGAAGGCUCCGCGCAUGAGGAAGCGGAUGUCUACUCGAUGA